AUGGGGGCGCAGAAGCGAGCAGCACCGCGACAAUCGGAGGAACAGGGAAGUGAAGCUGAGGCCUCGGAUCGAUCGGAAGAGGGCAGGAGACACAAGAAGGUCAAGUUAACCGAGAAUCGACCCUCGCCCUCGCUCGCACGGCCUGCUUCACUUGCGGAUUGCAUAAGCAGUCUCGAGCCCGAGUCUGUUGGCAGUGGCCAGAAGGAGGGAGAUGAUAGAGUUGGAAGCACAGAAAAAGCCAAGGGAAAGAACCAGGGAAAAGGCCAGAAGAAGCAGGUGAAAGGGGCUCCAGCAGAUCGAAGACAUCCUUUGCAUUCGACGGCCAGCGCACCCGUAGCGUCGACCUCGACCUCCAAUGCAGCUCCCGUCAACUCCACUCCAGCACCGAAUACCAUAUCCAUGUUGGCACCCCCAAUUCCGUCAAAACGACCAGUCCACGCCGGGACCUUACGACGUCUUGCCGGGGCUCGACCUCCUCCUAGCCGUUCCGUGCGGCUCGGGUCGACACUGUCGGGAGCCAAGAUCAGUGGUCCAUCUAAGGAUCUGAAUGAUGGCAAAGACGAAGAGGAGAUUUGGGUCAAGCUGAAGAACGGGCUGGGAAUGGGAGGCUACUUGAAGAGAGGUGUGGGUGCCUUCAGAGACCGCAGGUCAGUCUCGUCCGCCUCGCUCCAGUGCCUCCCUCUCUGCUUUCAGUUGGGUACGUGAGCUGAGACGAUAUUCAUACACAUUACAUUCCUUGCGCUCAGAUGUCGAUGCCUGUCGAUACAUGGGAUGGGCGCAGCAAUCCCUCUCGCUCUGUCGCUUGGGCUCGCGAUCCGCGACGCCUUGCCUGGUGGAUCAUCGGAUGCACAGAUGAGCACCGUACAGAUGGAAGUCACUACCGGCAGCGUCGAGGUAUCUGAUGAGAUCACUCCUGAAGACGAGGUAUGCUGAUCGGAAUUCACCGGAGCUGGCGGGGAUCCUCGACAGACGACACUAAUGCAACCGCCGUCGAUUUCUUGCGUCUUCGCUGCAUCGUGCAGGACGAUGACCUGCUUUAUCAGAACAGAAUCAAGAGCACUGUCUCUAUCCAACUCUCGGUACGGGAUGUGAUGCCCGGGUCAGGCCCGAGAUUCGACCUGAAGGGGCGGGGCCGGGGUGUGGGGCCCAACGCACGAGAGCGGAAACGAAGGGGCGGUCCAAAAUCCUGA